AAUAUAUACAUACACAUAACAAUGAGUCUUAAAAGAAAGUUAAUGGAACAUGAGGCAUCCACUUCAAAUGGUGUCGACAUCAAGAAACAGAGACCUGCCACAUCAACUCCAACAACUACUACGACGACUACUACUACUUCGACUAUGAAGCCAUCAAGUGUACAGAUUCCACAAGCAAAAGAGGACGAUUCAAUAUUCUUGAAGAAGCGUGUAUUGGUCAUGUCUACAAGAGGCAUCAGUCCAAAGAAUAGACAUUUGAUGCAGGAUGUACUCGACUUGAUCCCACACUCCAAGAAGGAGUCCAAGCUAGACGAUCGCAAGUCACUCGCCGUCAUCAACGAGUCGUGCGAGAUGAAGUCCUGCAACUACGCCAUCCUCUUUGACACCAGGAAGCACACCGACCUCUUCCUCUGGAUGGCCAAGACACCCCUUGGUCCAACAAUCAAGUUUGGAGUAUCCAAUGUUCAUACAUUGGACGAGCUUCAGAUGACAGGCAACUGUUUGAAGGGAUCAAGACCAUUCUUGCACUUUGACGCGACGUUUGAUGCUCAGCCACACUUGUUGUUGGCAAAGGAGUUGUUGACACAGAUAUUCAGCACGCCAAAGGGCCAUGUAAAGAGCAAGCCAUUCUUUGAUCACGUGUUUUCAUUCUUCUACCAGGACGGCCGCAUCUGGUUGCGCAACUACCAGAUCAGCGACCACGAGUUCAAGAAGCAGGAGCGUCUGCUCACCGAGAUCGGACCACGUCUGAUCCUGUCCAUCUCCAAGAUCUUCUCGGGCGGCUUUGGCGGCCAGGUGCUCUACAACAACGCAGACUUUGUCACGCCCAAUGAGAAUCGCAUGAAUCAAAAGACACUCAAGGCCAACAAGUACAUCAAGCGCAUGCAGUCCAAGAAGGUCACCGAGGAGCACAAGAGAAGUGCAUUCCUCGAGCCAAGCGAAGUGGAGAGACUGUUCGACUCGGAUUACGUUGGCCAAAUGCCAUCAGACGAUGAA